AUGGAAGCACGAGGUAUUAUCGAACGCGUCACGAAGGCACCUGAGUGGAUAAGCGGUAUGUCGGCGGUACCUAAGGGUAAAAAUGAUUUUCGUUUGGUAGUGAACAUGCGCGCACCAAACAAGGCGAUAAAAAGAGAAUAUUAUCGAAUGCCUCUGAUAGAUGAAAUGCGUGUAAAACUUCAUGGUGCAAAGUACUUCACUAAGUUGGACCUCAGUAAUGCCUAUUAUCAUCUGGAACUAUGCAAGGAAUCACGCGAAUUGACAACGUUUUUAUCCGAGAAUGGCAUGUUCCGUUUCACACGUUUGAUGUUUGGCGUGAAUUGUGCUCCUGAAAUUUUUCAGAGAGAAAUGUGCCGCUUGCUUGAAGGUAUCGAUAAUGUAAUCGUCUAUAUUGACGAUAUUUUGAUACACGCCGACACCUUGGAGAAACUGAGGAAUAUUACCAGUCAAGUUUUGAAAAUACUUCGAGUCAACAAUCUUACCCUCAACGAAGAUAAAUGUGAGUUUGAAAAACAUUUCAUCAUAUUUUUGGGGCAUGGAUUGAACGAAAGUGGUUUCCACGUGGAUGAGGCAAAGGUUAAAGCAAUUCGGCAAUUCAGGCCUCCAGCCAACGUGUCUGAGCUCAAAUCUUUUCUUGGUCUAGCAUCAUAUGUCAGUACACAUAUAAAAGAUUUUGCUAACAUAUCUAGCACUCUCUGGGCUGUUACUACUAGUAAAGGCUGGUACUGGGGACCAACACAGCUUGCGGCAUUUGAAACAAUUAAGGAUAGAAUUACACAAUUACAUGAAAGUCUGGAAGCAUCCCCACGUAUCAUAAGUUUUGCGUCCAAAGCUCUCACAGACACGGAAAAGCGAUGUGCUCAGAACCAGCGGGAAGCCCUGGCCACGGUGUGGGCUGUAGAGCAUUUUUCAUUUUUCCUUCUUGGACGACACUUCACAUUACGAACUGAUGCACAAGGUGUUACCUUCAUAUUGAAUCGCUCUCGUGAGAAUUCAAAAAGGGCCCUAACAAGAGCUGACGGAUGGGCACUCCGUCUUAGUCCGUACGAUUAUAACGUGGAAUACAUUCGAGGACGCGACAACAUCGCCGAUCCACCCUCUCGACUAUACACAGGCAAUGAUGAUCCAUUCGAUGAAAAGCACAGCCCUUGGGAAAUUGCAGCUCUCGAAGCGAAUUCAGUUGGAUUUUUGACUAUCAAAGAGCUUCAAGAAGAAACGGCAUUAGAUGCAACACUUCAACGUGUUAUCGAUGCGUUAGAGACAGACGUCUGGCCCAAGGAGCUUAAAAGGUUCGAAAGUGUAGCAAACGAUUUGUCUGUUGACGAUGGAAUCAUAGUAAAAAAUGGAUGCGUUGUGGUUCCUCUAAAACUUCGAGAGAAGACGUUAGAUUUAGCUCAUGAUGGACAUCCCAUGGUUGCUAAGCUUAAAAGCAUCUUGCGAGAGCGUGUUUGGUGGCCUGGGAUCGCUUCCGACGCAGAAAAGUGGGUUAAAAGUUGCCAGACAUGCGAAACGAACGGCCGACCUGAGAAACCGACUCCUAUGAAGGGAAUCCUUGCGCCACAAGCAGUUUGGGAAACAAUAGGACUAGAUUUCAAUGGUCCUUAUGCUAGAUUCGGGGGAGUGUCAAUUCUGUUAAUCGUGGAAUACCGAUCCAGAUUCUUGAUUGCUCGGUUGGUAAAAUCAACGAACUUUCACCAGACCAUAUCAGUCCUAGAAGAAGUGUUUGCAAGAGAAGGAUUCCCAAAAUGUAUUCGGUCCGACAAUGGACCACCAUUCAACGGUGAAGAAUAUAAAACAUACUGCGCUGAACGUGCCAUCGAAACAAUUUUUUCAACUCCCCUAUUUCCGCAGCAAAACGGCCUCGUCGAAAUUUAUAUGAAACUUGUUAAUAAAGCGAUGGCCUCUGCCGUUAGCAAUGGUUCUUGUUACAAGCAGGAGUUACAAUCUGCAAUUAAUGCGCACAAUGCCGCUGCUCAUUCAGUAACCGGUCUCCCCCCGGAGGAAGUAAUGCUCGGACGAAAAAUCAAGCGCAAACUUCCUUUGUUACGUUACGAGAAGACAAAAUAUGACGAGGAACUAUUAAAUUGCAGAGGAGAAAUGGAGAAAAUGAAAGCAAAAAACGGGAAGACGCAAGAAGAGGAGCACGAAAAUGUCGCGUACUUCCUGGAGACACAGUCAUUGUUGAGCGACCUAUACGUGCAAAAGGGAACAGUAGGUUUGAUCCGCAGAAAUAUACGGUGA